AUGAGCGGGACAGUUGUCAGAGCCCUAGGCUGGGACGACGGCUAUGAGCAGCAGUUCAUUGCGGUAUCACCAUUAGGUGAUGAGGUCUCUGUGUAUCAGACGACGCAUGAUGAUCCCUUAAGAAACGAGACCAAUGACAUGGUGAAGCUUGUGGAGCAACGAGGAUUCGAUAACAUCCAAUGUACAUCAUAUUCUACAGGUCACAAAGGAUUGAUGGGUGUAGGGUCAUUGAGUGGAACAGUAUCUAUUUUCGAUAUAAACAAUCCUUCCAUUGUUGUAAAGCUAAGACCAAAACAACAACGACCAUGUAACUCUCUUUCAUUCAACGGUAAGAACUUGGUGGCUGCGGGGUUUGAUAAAGGUCGUAUUGAUAGUUCCCUUCAGAUUUGGGACUUGGAACAGUUCUCAAGAGGUGGUAUGACAGGAGGUGGUAACAUUGAAUUGAGUCUGAAUGAUAUUAAGAGGACACCUACUCAUAGUUUCUUUCCGAAUGAUCCAAUCUUAUCAACUGCAUUCUAUCCGGAUAAGGAAACAAGUUUGCUUUGUGGGGCUUACAAAUAUAUUCGAGAAGUUGACAUUCGUCAAGAACUUCCCACAUUUCAUUUGUCAACUAAAUACCCAUUUGGUCCUACAGUUAAUCCGUUUGACUCUCGUUAUUUCACCUCUUAUGGUGACGAUGGAACAUUGGUUGUUUGGGAUCGAAGAAAAUUCAAUACCAAUGGCACCAAGAGCGGUACAAUGACCAGUUCCAGUGCCUCAGAGACUCCAGUGUUACUAUUUGAAAAGUCUCUUAGUGAUGGUACCUCUAAGCGGAACUUGCACACUUGCAUUAGACACUCAACCAUCAGAAAGGGUGAAUUUGCGGCCCUUUUCAAUGGAGAUUUGAUAAGAAGAUGGAACACUGGCGUAGUUAAUGCCGUUCCUGGAUUUACCACAAGCCCAAACGUUAAGAAAUUCACUAAAGAUGAUCCCUCAAUUCAGAAUUUGAAAGCUCAGGCAUACAACUUAUACAAAAGUAAUGAGGAUUCUUUGCUUGUUUCCAUUGUCUUGGAAAUAAAAACCGAUUACGAAAGAGUUAUAUCGUUUGAUUAUUCUCCCGAUACUGUUAGUACUACAUCUACCAAUUUUGUUUGUAUGAGACAAGGUGGGUCAGUUUUCAGAAUGCCAGUUGUUGAGAGUAUUGAAGGUAUUGAUUUCAAUUCAUACAAUUCUUUUACAUUUGUGGGUCCUGAAGGAGCAGAAUCUAUGUUUAUUAAUAGUAAAGACGAUGCUACUAAUACAAAUUUGUUAAGUGAUCACCAUCACUCACCUAAAUCUUUAGGUCCUACAAAAGACUCAGACAAGAAAUCCACUGGAAGGUUCGACCCCUUAGAUGACCUCAGAAGGGGAAGUGAAACAGAAUUAUCUGAAGAUAUAGGAUCAUCAGUAGUUGAUGAUGAAAGUGUUGCAGGGUUCAAUGGUACUCAAUCAUUUUCAAAGAAUAGUAAUGCUCGCACGGUAUCAAGAGGGAGACUUGGAAGUAGCUUCCAAGAAGAGUUUGAAGAGGAAGAAAAUUACUUGUCUUUAACGAGAUUCUUGAGUGUUGAACAAGUUUUCACCACUGAUAUAUGCCACAUUAUCCGUCAUAGAGCAAAGCUUGGUUAUGGUGUUAAUUGUGAAGACAAUAUUCUGGUUCUAGAAGAUACAAAUGCUUUAAGUAAACAAUUAUUCUUAAGAAACACAUGGAAAUGGAUUAGUCUUGCCAAAAGGUCAUUAGAUAAAGGCACUAUGAUUAGUGACGGAAUAGACUUAGGAUUUCAAGGAGUCCUAGGUAUUUGGGAAGGAGGAGAAGAAAUCAUUAGUAUGAUGCCUAAAAACACAAACAUUGAAACAUUAGACGAGAAGUUUUCUCAAGCCGUCAAAUCUAUUGUUAGUAAGAAAGGUAAAACAGCAAAGAUAAAUGUCCAUAACUCCAGUGAGAAGAAGUCCCAACGGAAACUUUGUUUAAUGGUUUCAGGAUGGUACUUUACAGAAGAAGAACUUGAUGAAAGACUCAAUCUUUUAAUUGAGUUAGGGUUUGUUGAAAAGGCUGCUGGCUGGGCUGUUUUCUAUGGAGAUGUUCCCCGAGCCAUUGAAAUUUUGGCCAGUUCAACCAAGGAAAGAUUAAGGAUAAUGUCAACAGCUGUUGCAGGUUAUUUGGCUUAUAAAGAUUCUCAUUUCAAUAGUCCAUGGAAAGAUCAAUGUCGGAAAAUGGCUAGUGAUUUAGAUGAUCCUUAUUUGAGAGCUAUAUUUGCUUUCAUUGCAGAUAACGAUUGGUGGGAUGUACUUGAUGAACAUUCUUUACCGUUACGAGAGAGACUUGGGAUUGCACUUCGGUUUCUUUCGGAUAAAGAUUUAACAGUUUACUUGAGGAGAGUCGCUGAGACAGUGGUUACCAAAGGUGAGCUUGAAGGUUUAAUAUUGACUGGAAUUACUCCUAGAGGAGUUACGUUAUUACUGAGUUAUGUUGACCGAACCAGUGACAUUCAAACUGCCGCAUUAAUUGGGGCAUUUGCAUGUCCACGAUACUUUAUAGAUGAAAGAGUUGAACAUUGGGCCGAUUCAUAUCGAGAACUUUUGAAUAGCUGGAAAUUAUUCAAGUUUAGAGCCAAGUUCGAUGUUGCUAGAGCCAAACUCUCCAAGGCCAGUUCCGGAGAAGUUACCAUUGUUCCACCGCCUAAGCAAGUAUAUCUUCAAUGUAUUCGGUGUAAUAAGAACAUCGCCAAAGGCAGGUCCUCAGGCGGAAAGUCCAAGACCGUGGGAGUAGGAAUAGGAGUAGGAGGAGGAGUAGGAGGACAAGGAGGAUCAGCAGCAGGAGGAGUAGGAGGUACUGGUGGAAAUGGAGGGAAUAAUAAUCCACUUUUAAUCAAGCAAUUCAGUAAGAUGAACCUGGUGAAUUCUCGUAAGCAACCAACAGAUUUCAAAGUAUGCCCACAUUGUGGAGCACCAUUACCACGAUGUUCUAUUUGCUUAUUAUCUUUGGGAACUCCUAUACCUUUGGAAACCAAUGAAACUCUUCCCGAGACAACCUUAGGGAAUAAAAUAGAGAAUAAGUUCCGGGAAUGGUUUAGUUUCUGUUUGAACUGCAGUCACGGGUAUCAUUCGUAUCAUGCCGAGGAAUGGUUUUCCAAACACUAUGUUUGUCCAGUUCCUGAUUGCAAUUGUCGAUGUGGAACCAAGUAG